UCCAGCGGUAGUGAGUCCUAGUGCGCCCAGCCACACCUCUUCGUGUGACUUAAAUUCUGGCACUCCUCUUCUCUGAACUGCCAGAAUCACGUCACGUAGCAGUGACCAGUGUCAAGCGUUUUCUGUGAAACAUGUCGGACUGAAAACUGUCAUACGUCGAUUACCAACUGACCUUCAUUCAAAUAUUACCAAAAUUCUUAUCUGAUUGUUAAGAUCCGAAUGUCAGACUGUAGUGCAGUAUUCAAUGUAUAUAUAUAUGAUCUUGCAUAUAAGCACCAAGAACCCCCAUAUAUACAGAGAACAUAUUUUGUAUAUAAGACAUGCGAAAUAAUUACAUAUUAGAAAGUUGUGGCUGGAGUAUCAAAUGCAUCGUUAAUAUACAACAACCAUAUUUAUACAAACACUGUCAACUGUUUUACUAAAUAAACUGCCGGUUAUAUGUUUAAAAUUCGAUUGUAUCACGAAAGAAAAAAAUAUGUUAAUCUUAGUGGGAGUGUCAAGUGUUAAAGUGAUGUACUUAGAACUAUAAUUAGUGCGCGAAUUCAGAAUGUUGGAUCACAUUUUUUUUAUUCAAGAUCUGUGAACAUUCACUUAAUAAUAUAAUUAGUUUUUUUCCUUAAGGCUGAAGUACCCUUAAAGACAUCAUCGAAUUGAAAAAAAAAAUCUAUUGGCCUAUAUAUAUGUGAACUGAAGGUAACGUGUAAAAUGUUACGUUGUUAAUGUAUCAUUGCAUCACGUAAAGAGAAGUUUGUGUCAAUUCAAGUUUCAUUUAAACCACAAACACUUACGGGAAUUUUACGUAAUUUAAAUUUUCUGUAAAUGACGAACAAAUUUUACGCAGAUAUUUUUAUGUGUAUAUAUGAAAGGAUUACACAGUAACUCAGAAAAUUAUACAACUUUAAAGAUGUGGACUCAUUUCAUGAGCUCUUGUUUUUAGGAACUGUGUGUACUUAUGAAUAACGGACGCGAUACUGAAGAAGUGAACGUUUUCAACUAACGAAGAGCGUCUCUUUCAACAGACAGAGUAAUAAUUGCAGCAAAUGCUUUGCAACUAUUUUCUUAUCAGUGAUCUGGGUUCUCUUUUUUAUCCUGAUCAUGCAUUCACUGCAUAUAAUCAGAGGAUCAGCUUAUCUUGUUAAACGUUCUUAUCAGCAAACAAACAACGGCAGGAUCAUGUUAUGAACUUGUUUACUUACUGAGAGAAGUGGGGUGAAAUUUAUUAUUCUAGAACCAGACAUUAUGAUAAUGGCAAGUAAAUUAUGGGGCACUGUAUGAACAGAGAGUGAAGUGAGAAAAGUUUGUUUAUUAUUUGUGAAGAUAUAUAUCAGCUGAAACCAAUUUUAGGAAAACGAAAUAGAGAAUAAAUCUUGAUUACAAAUACGAUGAGAAGACAAUCUAUCUCAAAUAUGCCAUAGAAAGAAAUUCAGGAACAUACACUAAGAAGAUUAUACGACAUGAUAUCAGCCACAAUCUGUUUCUUCGUUCUGUAUUUCUGAAUAUAUUCUAUAGUUAGAAAAAGAACAAAUAUAAUUUUCAUUCUCUAAAAUUAAUACUGACGUUUUAAAGGGUGUAAAAAUAAAUAAUACAAAUUUUUUAAUCGUAAUAGUUAUAAAUUUUUGAUGGGUGAAUGAGAUCAUUUCGCUUGUUAUUUGCUCAAGAAUCUGUUUACCAUAAAAUUACGGGCAUAUUUUUUUUAUAACGAGGCUUAUUACGUACGUGAUUUCAUUUAAAUUCAAGUAAAAAUAAACGGAAGAAAUUUAUUUCCGUAACUGGCCAGCGUUCCCUUCGUGGCAAGGGCAAUAUGUAUGCCACACGGGCGAUGUCGCUGCUACGAAAACCGUUGCUGUCUGCUCAACAGGUGGUCCCGCUGGAAGUGAGACCCUCUUAACGUAGCCCAGAUGUGUACAUAAACUGUUUCAUUUAAUUAUACAUGCCUCGGGAUCAGAACUAAGCCCUGUUUCAUUAAACAAAUAUUCAUACACUAGUCAGAUUCAAAGCUGUUAAAGGUGCUUUUUUUCUUUUUUUUUGGUGUCAGGAAAGGGAUUUGCUAUAUACACUUACCGAAUUACGUGAGCACAAGGUGAAGAAGAAAACAGACCGACACAUUUGUCAACAUGGUAUCGAUUUUGAAUGAUGGCGAAUUAGGUUUUGUUUCAAUUUAUAAAGCCAUAUUCGAAUAAAAGUUUUGAGAACUAGGUCAGAUGAUGUAAUAAUAUUACGCCGACAGUGUUACAUGUGUCUGAAGUAAUAUGUACAGAAAAAUAAUCCGUUCUAUUACCAAAAUACUUUGCUAACAACAUUCUACGUUAUUUUAACCAUUACGAAGCGCUCUCUCCUGUGAAGCGUGUAAAUUAUUUUCUUUUAUAUUAGAUUAACACAAAUGCCAAUAGUGCAAACUGCUUAAAGGAACUCAUUAGAUAUGGAAUAUUCACAGUUCAUGUAAUCGUGUACAUUACUCGGCUCAGAGCUGAGGAAUAGACCAGUUUAUUUUUGUGUUAGGCAUAUUUAGUUCUGUCCACUGUGUGAUCUCUUCAAGAGGCUUCAUGAUUGAUUGAGUUUCUGUUUACUUCACACUGUGCGAAUUGAGGGGGAGGGGCGUGUCGAAGUGCGCGAAGAAAUGUGAUAGAACAUUCAGUGCCAGUGUUGAGUGUGAUUUAUGGUUGGCAUCGUUGAUCGUUUCUGCCAGUUUUUAAUUGCCUAAAAAUAAAUAAAAAUGCAGAAUUAUGAUCUAAGUGCGAGGCAAGUCAGCUUCAUUAAACAAAACUUUGUGGAAACUCAUUAAGGAACUACUUCCAGACACGAUUAAAGCAGAAGUUAAAUGUUUCGAUUUUUUCACUCCAGAACUUUGAGUUUCUAUUCCGAUAUGAUGGCCCACUACGGAAUAAAUCAAAUGUGUGCCAGUGAGGGUUAUUAAAGGGUCUAAAAUGGCUACCAUUAACAUAAAUGAGUCACAGUACAUGGGAGGACUGACCAUGGCGCCUACAGCGGAGUUGAACUGUUCCUUGUACUUCAACGACAGUUUCUGUCAGACUAACAACAACGAAACCUUACAGCAAUAUGACAUUAUUCAUAAUCACGCUGUCCAGGCACUUUUCUGCAUCCUGUACGCUACGAUUUUCAUCUUGGGCGUCUUCGGAAACGUGUUGGUGUGCUACGUUGUCGGGCGUAACCGAGCCAUGCAGACAGUGACGAACUUCUUCAUCACAAACCUGGCUCUCUCUGACAUCCUGCUGUGUGCUCUAGCCGUUCCUUUCACGCCUCUAUACACGUUUCUGGGGCAGUGGAUAUUCGGCCGUGUGCUCUGUCGCCUCGUCUCAUGCGCUCAGGGUGUCAGUGUGUACAUCUCCACUCUAACACUAACCUCCAUAGCCAUUGACCGCUUCUUCGUCAUAAUUUACCCUUUCCAGCAGAGGAUGCAACUCAUUACAUGUCUCAUUAUCAUCUUCAGUAUCUGGAUGUUCUCCUUGAUCGUAACUCUACCAUACGGAAUAUACAUCCGCCACCGGUACCUGGACGGACGUUACUACUGCGAAGAGUCAUGGCCAUCGGAGAAUUUCCGGCAGCUAUACGGUGCCCUCACCACUUCCAUGCAGUUUGUACUUCCUUUCGUAAUAAUCGCGUUCUGCUACAUUAAGGUAUCACUGAAAUUAAACGACAGAGCGAGGGCAAAACCGGGUUCUAAGAACUCCAGAAAGGAAGAACUCGACAGAGAGAGGAAACGCCGAACAAACCGCAUGCUUAUUGCCAUGGUAACCAUCUUUGGUAUUUCUUGGCUUCCUCUGAAUGUUGUCAACCUUCUGAAUGAUGUAUACAUUCCCAUUGGUUCCUGGAGGUACUAUAAUCUGUGUUUCUUCAUGGUGCAUGCCAUAGCAAUGAGUUCUACAUGCUACAACCCUUUUCUGUAUGCCUGGUUGAACGAGAAUUUCAGGAAGGAAUUCAAACAAGUACUUCCUUGUUUCGUGCCAUCAGGCGGUCGCUCUUCUGCUUCUGGGACAAUGGGAAGAGCUGGAGGGUGGCGUUCAGAAAGGACAUGUAAUGGUAACGAAACGAUGCAGGAGACAUUGCUGCCAACAUCCACCGUCCACAGGGCUGGGUCGGUAAGAAUUCAUAUGGGGACAGAUGUUUCGGCGCCUGGUAAACCCAGAGAUGAAAACACGUUGUCGGCACAGAACAAAGUGGCCGCGACAAGUGACGGCCGGUGCAAAGGUGACCAAUUUGAUGUGGAGACGGUGUUGAUUCCAACUGCCACGUACUCUACGGGGGAUGAGUCGGUACAUCUGCAUAUCUCGACGACUUCAGGGCCGGCAGGAAGGAAAGCAUUAAAGACGGAAAUAAAGGACACCACUCCAUUGGCCUGCGUUCUGAGGGAAACCCUGUAAUCCUGAGCGGGAUGGUCCUGUGAAGACAUCUGAAAACCAACGCAUUCCUUUCUCUGAUCAUCUCCGAGUUUCACAGAAACCAUUUUGUUUUUCGCCCUUGUGAUAUGUGGGUAAGACUCAAUCAAUCCCUGAGUAAAGGAACUACAGAUAUAUACUACAAAAUGCAUUUAUGUACGAAAUAUAUAUACUAUAUAUUAAUCUCUUCCCUUUCUCAAAUUACAGAGGCCUAACGUGGAAUGAAAUAUUUAAGCUGUAAUUUAUAUUUAUCUGUAUAUAAAUAAUAUUUAUUCAGUUCAAUUAGUUAAUUUUCCUGUUACCAACUGUUUAACUUCCAUUUUAAUUUCGAUAACUCAAUUAAUGAUGUCUAUUCAUGUUACUAAUUAUGUGCUAUGUAUUCGAAAGUCGUGUAAGAUUAAUUACCAAUCAAAGCUUACAUUAAGAUUUUUGAUUUUAUUUCUUAUUAGACACAGCGUAACAGAGUAUUUUAAGGAAAGUUUAUGUGACUGAAAAUCUUAUGACUUUCACUGAAUCCUAUAAAAAUAUAUUUGAAACCUGCGAUUCAAACGUGAAUAGGGAAUAGUUCUCUGUCAUGAGAACUCAGUACCGUAGAGAAAAGUAGUGGACUUUUUGUUUAGGAGUACCUGCAUCAAUUAAUCAGUUCAAUCGAAUAUAGGCCUACUAUAUUGAAUAAUUUGUAUUGUUCUAUGACCUACAUUUUGAAUUCUUGCUUAAUAUAUAAAUUUCGAUUGUUAAACUUCUGUGAGAAAUAAGUUUACUAACUCUUGAAUUCUGUUAGAAGUUCCCGUUCACCGGAACAUUUUAAUUCUGUAUAGGUUUAUAUUUUUGACAGAGAAGAAUGACAAGGAAAUAGAAGGAAGUAACAUAAGGUUGUUGUCUAACCUAACAAAUUGUUUCUUUGGAUCCAUUAUUACUUAAAGUAAUAACAAAUGGAAAGGAAAACUGAACAUUUAAAAUCCCUUUUUACACCAUGUAAGUUCCAUUUUAACGGAUACUAAUCAGAAUAGACAAUUUAAAUACAUUCACACAUUACAAUUAAUUAUACUGUAAACUGUAAAUUGUAAAUAUAUAGAAUUUGUAGGAUGGAAGUUCUGGAGAAAAAUUAAAGUAUCUACACUUAUGAAGAAACCAGGAUUAGCGUUUGUAUUCUUCUUUUCUUUGGCUGUCACAAUUUCCAAGCUACGAACAAGAGAUGUCAUGUGGAGUUCCAUCUCUCAUUACUUGAUGUCUUUGUGUGUGUGGCUCUCUUAGUAAAACGAAAUUUGUCCUACCAAGUGCUGACCUUAUAAGCUGACAAUAUGCAUUAGGAUUUAGUUAACUUAAUUUAUAAGUUAUAAUAAAAAAUCUGAACCAGAGAAACAUAUUUUCUUUAAAUACCUUAGGAAAAAGUAAAGUAACAAAUAAGUCUAAAUUAGAGACGGUGCAAGUUUUAUUUUCCAUUCUGGUAAAUUUUUGAUCAUUAAAGUCCGUCAACAGUUCUAAAUUUUUUUUCUUAAUUUCUCAGGAGAAAGUGUAGAUGGUGUAAGUUUUUCUUUCCAUUUUUGGCAAAAUUAUGGCAACUAAAUUCCGUCAAUGCUUCUUAACAAUACAUUGCUGAUCUCGCAACUUACCAAUCCGACGACUCGUUGGAACUUACUCGCUACUUUUCCCAGAAUCUAAAUGAAAAGCAGGAGGCACCUUCAGAGUCUGUCCUUCAUCCUAUAAGCGCUCACUAUCUGCUCCACUAACUGAAGAGCUCGAGAUCUGAAAGUUCGAAAGAAAAGAGAUUGCAAUUUAUUUCUAAUUUUUUUUGUUGAAAUCUGAAAAUAAUACUGAAUUAACAAAAUAAUAUAAUAGUAUUAAUAAAAUAAGAAUAUAUUUUCUAAGAAGUGUUGUUAAGAACAAACUGUCGGAAGUAUUUUACACGCCAAGAGUGAGUGUGAGCGUGUAUUGUUGAGGUUCCUAUUCUGAACUCUCACAUUUGUACGAAAUCGUAUCGAUUUCGAAAGGGACACGAAUCUGGAGUACUCAGAGUACGUCUCAGUUUAAUCACGUAGCCAUGAUCUGUUCGUGAUUGGUGAGAGUUCGGCUUAAAGCACAGUAUUAUGUACAGUUAGGGAAGUCUGAAUUCUCUUCCCCCCAAGGAAGAGUAAAUUUCAGACUCAGUGCUGAAGUACGAAAAAUGUAUAUAUUAUGUAAUGUGUUAUGAGUCAUCCAAAGAGCUUUAUUAAUAUUAUAUGCUAAGCGCUUAUGUUCAUCUGUAUUAAUUUCACAUUAUCAUCUUUCUCUCAUUACUGACCACUUACCCUUUUUUCAAGCGGAGCAAAAGGACUAAAAUAACAACAUAUAAAGCAUAACCUGAGCCCCUUUAAGCCAUGAUUACUAAAAACAAUGACCUGUAAACUGACAUGGCUUAAGAUACGACUUUAUGUGCCGUUUAACCUUCUUUUGUUCCGCAUUGAAUAGACAAGGAAUUUGAAAACUGGUAUUUGCGAAGAGAACAUAAUUUAGAGCUGUAUUUAAAGUAUUUUAUCCUAUGUAAAUUAGCAAUUUAUUUUAAACUCGAUAGCCUGCAAUAUUGCAAAUGUAUUACGCCGAUCAAUGGCAGAUGGUAAUAAGGUAUAUUAAUGACCGGGGCUGUGGACCAUUGUGAAUGGGUUCCACCGUAGUAACCAGGGUUAUAACAGAGGCUGGGUAUAGUAGACACCCCAUGCAGUCUAUGUUUUUGGAAUAUUACAUAAUACUUCAAUCCUAGAUGUCCUCAGGUUGCAAGCUUCUCCCGCGCUAGGUGUAGUCAUAUGGGUAUCACGUGACAAUGUUUAUGUAUAUCUCUGGAGAAAGAAUAUCACGGAUACGAUUUUACAGUAACAAAUGUACAUAAUAUAUCUUUAAAACAGUGAAGAUUCCUUCCAUAUAGAAUAUCCCGAAAGAAUAUUCUAAAAAAGAUCAGAAUUGUAAAUUUUAAGGCGACUCCAUUGCUAUCCCCGGUUAAGUGGUAAGUUUUUUGUAAUAAAACUUAUCCAAAAAUACUUUCAAUACACUGAGAACCAAAAUAAAAUAAUAAAUAUACAUUUACUUCUAAAUCAUAUUAACAAA